CAAGUGCAUGCUGUCCCUUCAGGAGGCACCGAGGUCGUGCCAUUGGCCGAGGGAGACGUUCGAUUCUCGGUCCGCACGCCACACUCGUUUUCGACCAGUGCCAUGGACGAGGCAGCGCCGCUCUUGUCCGUUCCAGCGGCAUCCAGGCAGCGUGGCGGCAAACAACACGCCGCUCGAUGGUACUGGAUCGCUGGUGUGACCGCGGCUUGCUGUUUGUUCGCGUACGUGGCGCCAUCGCCGUGGCAGCACCAUCCCCAACGCACAAUCUUUUGCGACUCUACUUACCACGAAUCGGGGUACAUCAAACUCCCACACAAAGCCAACGACCAGUACUUUUACUGGUUCUUCGAGUCGCGGGCGAGCCCGACGAUGGACCCACUCGUCCUAUGGCUUGAAGGCGGCCCUGGAACCUCGUCCAUGUGGGCUCUCUUGAACGAAAACGGCCCGUGUUUCAUUGGAGACGACUGCAACAGCACCGAGACGAAUCCGCAUUCGUGGACCAACCACGCGAACAUGAUCUGGCUCGACCAACCCACGGGCGUUGGGUUUUCGUACAGCGGGGGCCACGAUGACGAUCACACCGAAGUUGAUGUGGGGCGCAACAUUUAUGAGUUCAUGCAAGGUUUCCUCGACGCCCAUCCGUCCCUUCGGCAAAACCCGUUUUACAUUGCUGGGCAGAGCUACGGAGGGCACUACGUCCCUGCGGCGGCCGCGUAUAUCCUGGAAGCGGAGGCAAGGGCGCCCCCGAACGCAAGCACUCGCAUCAAUUUGCAAGGCAUCUCGAUCGGGAAUGGGCUCACGGACACCGUGACGCAGUACCCCAUGCUCGUCGAAAUGGCCGUCGAAAACUCGUACAACAUCACGUUGGUGUCCCCCGCGGAGCUGGUCCAAAUGCAAAAGGACGCCGUCGAGCUGACAGCGCUCGUGGUCAAGUGCCAGCUCCCGAAUCAAACGCAGGCAUGCGAAGCCACGGACGAGUUCUGGGACGACAAGCUGCUCGAACCCAUGAUCCACAAUCCAACGCGAAACCCGUACGAUUUUCGCCAAGUGUGCGACGGCGACUGCGACGACCUUGGCAGCGCCAAAACCACGCGAUUCCUCAAUCAGCCGUGGGUAAAGGAGCAUCUACACGUCCGCAAGCCGUACUCAUGGAGCAACAACACGGUCUUGGACGACUUUUCUGUCGAUGAAGAAAAGAACGCAGUGCACUUUGUUGCCACCGUCCUUGCCCGGGGACUGCGCGUACUCGUCUACGCAGGGGACGCGGAUCUCAUCUGCGAUUGGAAGGGAAAUGAAGCGUGGACCAAGAAGCUGUCAUGGGCUGGACAUGACGCGUUCAAUGCGGCGGAUGUCACGCCGCUCGUCGUCAAUGGGGCAGUCGCCGGGAAUGUCCGAACGGCCCACGGGCUAACGUUUGUGCGCGUGUUCAACUCGGGGCACUGCGUCCCCCGAGAUCAACCUGUCGUGUCCGAGGCACUCAUCCAUCGAUUCCUCCAGAAUGAAUUGGUGUAAUGACAGGUUUCCUUUGCCGUGUGACGGCAGUGAGGGAGGCCGCAAUGUCGUCCCCAAACAACGACCAGGCCAUUCGCCCAUAAUAAGUCGUUUAGCGAACAUCGUCGAAUGCAUUCUCGUCAUGCUUUCGUUAACCCAA